AUGUCUUCCGCCGUCUCAUCGUCGGCCGUCAACUCCCGGCAAUCGGUGCGCCAGACACGGACAAAUCCAUCAAGAACUUCCAAGACCCUUGGACGGUCCUCCUUUGCAUAUGGUCAUGGCUCAUUUACCGACACACCUCCUACUCCGCCUGUUGCCCAUGGUUUCUACCCCGCUCUCACCCAUUUCACUGACGCCAUUACCGCCCUCCCGCGAGAGUUUCGCCGGCACAAUUCCCUGUUGAAAGAGGUCGAUGCUAAAGCGUGGGCUCUUGAGGAUAACCUCCAGCAGCUACUUAAGGCCUCAUCAGAGUUACAAGCAGCUCCCCCUCUGACACAAGCGCCUGACAAUGCUGGUGUGUCGCAUGAACAUCUGGCUACGGGUGCUUCGCAAGCGGCCGAGCCUCAGGAGCACUCGAACCGGCAUUAUCUGCUCGGUCGAGUACGGCAGACCCUUCAAGACCUAAUGAUGACCGCAGACGAGAAGAACCACGUUAUUUCCAAUGCGAACGAUGAACUAGAUCGUCAGCUCCUUCGCCUCGACACCAUUUUCCCUUUCAUUGCAGGCGAGAUCAGUGACGAGGCACGCUUGGGUAGUCUCACGCACUGGGCAUAUUCAAAUAGGAAUGCUGUUAAGACCACCACCAACGAGCGCCCUCGUCGUGAAGCGGCAUCCAACAAGGAUCUGGCCCACGCCCUUCACGAAGCAGAAGUUGCUUCUAGGAGCGAAGCGAGACGUGAGGCUGUUCUGGCACGUAAGCAACGUCGGACGCAUGCCGAUUCUGAUUUCGACGAUGCGCGCGCGGGCGGCCGUAAGGGACAAUCAGGCAAGGCACGAGGUACUGCUGCGAAUGAUGCCUCUGCAGUUGGUCAUGGUCAGGCUGGUGCAUCAGGCCAGACGAAGCGACGCAAAGUCGAGCGGCCGCCAACCGUGGAUACUGGGGCUGCAAUGGAACGGUCUGCAAGUGGCGCUGGUGCCUCUGGUCGUGCUGGGUCCAAGGACGCCGCAGAUACCACCAAGAAAAGAUCUCGGGCGCCUAAUGCGAAUGCGGCUGGUGCACGAAAGAGGAACAACACUGCUGCGUCCGCUGCAAAUUCUCCUGUUCUAGCACCAUCCCCUCUGGUUGGGGCAGCCGCUAUUCCGCGGAGCGCAGCAAGUCCUGGGCCUAAUGCAGCGACCCGGCCGCAGUCUUCUCGCGCUCAACAGAAUUCUACCCAAACAGCAAAUGGACGCCAGAGACCAUCAUCUUCAGCGUCCAACCGCAUGGCUAAUAAUAAUAAAACCAGUGAAGCCAGAACAACACCCAAGGAUACACCGAAGAUGGAGACAGUCGCCAUGGCGAACCAGGACGCGCAUCGGGAAAUGGAAAAUGAGACCACAGAAGCAGCUGCAUCCAAGGUAUCAGCGCCCGUCAAUACAAAACGAGAAGACACGGAUGGAAAGCCCACCGAAUCAAUUGAGCCUGGUGAUAUCCCAGCUCCUCCAGCGCCAAACCCGCCAGCGCCAAGUAGGUCAUCCAAGACGUCGACUCCCGUCCUGGCGACAUUCUCCGAGCCCGCGCCGCGGGUCCGACCAACACGGAGUACGGACGCUGCACCGGCCAAACGAUCGCACAAGAAGAAUGGCAGUGUGCCAGUCGUGCAGCAGAGGGCGGUUUCAGAAGAGGAAGAAUCCUACCAUGAGGGCGACGACGAAGACGAAGAGGGAGAACCGCGAUAUUGUUACUGUAAUGAAAUCAGUUUUGGUGAGAUGGUGGCAUGCGACAACGACGCCUGUCCCCGCGAAUGGUUCCACUUGUCUUGUGUGGGGUUGACGAAACCACCGGGGAAGAAUGUCAAAUGGUAUUGUAACGAGUGCAAGGAUAAUAUGCGACGAAGUCGAAGUGGCCGGUAG